AUGACAGAUGUCUUACCUGAAAGAUUAAGGGACAAAUUAAACAUCCUUCAAGACAACCUCAAACGAGCCUUGAGUAACAAUGAAAAUACAGACAAGAAACUUCCAACCAGAUCCUACUCCAAUUUUUAAACUAACAAGAUUGGAAUUCGCAUUUGGGACUUAGAUGAUAAACGAAAUUGCAAUUACCUUAUGAUCAGUCUAAAACCACUCAAGAAGUAAGAGCCAAUCAGCUUUUAAAAUAAAGUAAAGCCUAAACCCAGAAUUCGAUUAAAUUGCAAUUUCAAACCAACUUAAUAAAUAACUCCCCUUUGCAUCGACCCAUCUUCUAUUCCAUCAAGUUUAAAAAUAUCAAAGCUAUUGAGUUUUUCAGAUUGCUUGGUCUUGAGUUCCCCUUAAAAAAGAGCAAAUGAAUUGUUCAUUAAACUAAAUCUGCAAACUAUCAACAAAUCUAGUCCAAUUAAAAUAGACGAGUCCCUCAAGAUUAAUCGCUAGUUUCCCAACCAAGAGCAAGGAUUCAAUUUCAAACAAACCUUUUGUAAUGCAACUUUAUCAAAAUCAAAUAGUAUGGCUGUCAAAAGUAUUAAUGAAUAUGAAAUUUGUUCGUUGAAAGAAAUACUCUAAAAAAAAAAUGUCCCCAAAUAUUACUUAAUGGAAAAAGACUAAACUAACAUAAAUUCAGAAUUAGUAUUUCAAGAUUUCUCCAUUUUAAAAGAGGAUGUGAAAUUAUAACAAUCAGUCUUAUUACACAGUAAUAACAAUAUAUUCCAAUUUCACUCUAUGAAGCAGGAUCAAAAUGAUGAAGUAUCGAAAGAAAUCAAAUUGAAUUUUAGUAAUCUCAAAUAGGAGUAGACUAUCCAUAGUUCAGCUCUCUAAAAAUUACCAAAGUUUGAUCUUGAAUCAACUAAAUAUAAUCAUUCAUUAAAAAUAUUAGAGAGGUAAACUAAAGCAGACAAGAUCUCAAGAGUAGGAAUUUUAGUAUCUACUAUAAAAAAGGAAUCAGAAUAAGAAAAUAAAAAUUAAAUUGAAGCAUCCUUGUUUUCAGUUAAGUUUUCAUAACUUGCAAGGGACGUUGGCCAAAGAAAACCAAAUAUCUUAAAUUUUUAUUUGAAUACUAUAGACUAAUUUGAUCAACGUAAUUCAUCUUAAGAAAUUGAAUCUGUAAGCAUUAUUAAAGCUUCUAAAAUAGUUUAAAUAGAUUAAUAAUCGAAAUAAAAUACUAUUGAUCAAUUAUUUAAUUAAAACAAUUAAUUAAAUUAUGAGUAACCCUUUUUUAAUAAUGAGCCAUAAAUACUCAGUUUAAAAUCUGUACAUUUGUCUCAACUUUAACAAGACAAGAAUAGUGAGUAAAAUAUUAUGAGUAUUGCUUUAAUGUCUAUUGUUAAUAAGGAAUGUUUUGAGAAUGCUAAGGUUUAACCGAAAAUAUGCUUCUAAUAUGAGUAAAAUUUAGAAAAAAACAGAAAAAAGAUUGAGGAGAUCAAACAAUUAAUAUCUACGUCAAAAAAAUAAAAUCCUUUGACUCAAUUAACCCAUAGUAAAUAGUAAUCAAUCAAAGACUAAAAGUUAUAAAUUGAGAUACAAAAGCCAGUCAGGAAUGUUUCGGUGUGUUCAAAUGAAAGGAGAUAAUCUUCAGUUGGAGUCAAUACUCCAAUUAAGAGUCCGACUUUCAACCAACCUAAGGGAUUUAUGUAGAUGUCAAAGAAUGAUAAGUCCAGUUUGAAUAGAUUCAAAAAGAUUAAGUAUUUGGGAAGAGGGAACAUUAGUGAUGUUUAUUCAGUGAUUGAUACUACAACUGGUAUGUUGACAGCCUUGAAAAUCAUUUAGAAAUCGGUGAUCACUAGCAAGGGUAUUCAAGGACUAAUAAAAACUGAGAUUUGCAUUCAGAGUUGCAUUCAACAUCCAAAUAUUCUCAAAUGUUAUGGGGUUAUAAACGAUGAUAAAUAAAUUGCUUUAGUUUUAGAAUUGGGUGAUAUUACUUUAUUCAAUUAUAGAAAAGAGAAAAAAUUAACUGAAAAAUAAAUAAUUGAUAUAAUCUAUCAGGUGUUGAAAGGAGUUAAUUAUCUCCAUUAAUAUGGAAUCAUUCACAGAGAUAUCAAACCAGAGAAUAUAUUAUUAUAAGGAGAAGUUAUUAAACUAGCCGAUUUAGGAAUCUGCAUCAAAGCUACUAGUGCAUAACAAUAUUGUGGAACACCAGGAUAUAUGGCACCAGAGAUAACUAUGAACAAAAAAUACGAUAAUAAAGUUGAUUGUUAUAGCAUUGGUGUGUUAAUGCAUGAGUUAUUAUUUGGGAAGAUUCCAAAAAUUGGGUAGUAAGUGAAUGGUGAUACAUAAUUAAUAAAACUGAUGAAUCGACUAUUAGAACCUUAGAAUAUGAGAUGUUCAGAUUUUGCGAAAAGAAAAUGGCAUAAUAUUCAGAAAUGA